AUGCUUUCUUAAUUUUGGUUAUAAAUUGAUCAAUAACUAACGUAUCAAAUAUCAAAUUAAUUGAGGAUAAACUUUAACGGGAAAAGUCUCCUAUAAUAUAAUUAGAGUAGACUAUUGAAUCUUUUAAUAACAGAAAUAGAUAUCUUGAUACAUAGCAUUUAUAUGUCUCUAAUACUAAGAAAAGAUUUCUUCAAGUUAUUUGAAUAGUAUGAUAACAAGAGAUUUUUAAAGAAUCAAUUAGCUAAAAAAAACUAUGGUAGAUUAUUUUCUAGUUGUUAAAUCCUAAAGUGA